CAAGUGAUCUUCAAAAAUAUUUAAGCAGUUGGAUAAAUGAAAGAGUUUAUAUAAAAACUUUUAAAAAAGCAGACAAAAUAAUUAAGCAUGAUUCUAGACCUUCAAAUAAUUGCGUAAGUGCUGUAAGCACAUACCAAUUUAUAAAACGUUUAAAAGGUUCAAAGCCUACGAAUAAAUUCGGCUCUACUGUAUCACAAAGUG